CCGCAUGGCCUGAACGGGAGAGAGAGAGAGCUGUAAAGCUUGUAGGGGAAGCGUCGCGUUGGAGGAGAGGAAGACAGGGGAAGCCCUAACCCAACGCUAAGUUAGAGAGAUAAAAGGGGCAAAAAAUUCCGGCCGAUUGAUUCAUAAACCGAUCGCUCUUUCGCCGUAAAAUACGAUUGUAAAAUGAUUAAGCUUUUCAAAGUAAAGGAGAAACAAAGAGAAGCUGCCGAGAAUGCCAAUGGCAGGCCAAUUAAGAAGCAAACGGCUGGGGAGUUACGGCUUCAUAAAGAUAUUAGUGAGCUUAACCUGCCAAAAACGACUAGUAUAUCAUUUCCCAAUGGGAAGGAUGAUUUGAUGAACUUUGAGAUCAGCAUCAGGCCUGAUGAGGGAUAUUAUCAAGGUGGUACAUUUUUGUUUACUUUUCAGGUUUCUCCAAUAUAUCCACACGAGGCGCCAAAAGUCAAAUGUAGAACUAAGGUUUACCAUCCAAAUAUUGACCUAGAGGGAAAUGUGUGCCUCAACAUACUGCGUGAAGAUUGGAAACCAGUUCUUAAUAUAAAUACAAUAAUUUAUGGCCUGAACCAUCUUUUCACGCAACCCAAUCAUGAAGAUCCCUUGAACCACGACGCUGCUGUUGUUCUGAGAGACAAUCCUAGGCUAUUCGAAGCAAAUGUAAGAAGGGCCAUGGCAGGCGGUUAUGUAGGCCAAACCUUCUUCCCGAGGUGCAUAUAGUGUGCUUGUUGGUGCUCUUGGCCCCUAUAGAUCUUCGGCUACUCCUUUCCAUCUUGUGGGGUGCUUUCCUGCUUGUGCGUCCAGUUCGAGAACUGCUGAAUCUGAUGCCUCCAUACAUAAAAAAAAGCCCAUAAUGGGUCUUCGGGCACUCGUGCAUUUCAAACUGAUUUGUGACACAUCGUGCGGACGGUGUUUGUCUCCUUUGUUUGGUGUAUAACUGGGAUGAUCUUUAUGGUCUAUUUUUAUUCAUCGAUUCAGUC